GAGACACCUGAUUUACCUUUGUCUUCAUAAAAAGAUUCUGUUCUUUAGCAAUUUCUUCAAGAAACCAAACAUUCCAGACGUAUUGGCGAGAAUCCUGCAACAUAGAAAUGAGCAGAAAAAGAAGGAAAAACAAGAGCAAAAGAAGUUCUGACAGCGAUGACUGUGAACAGCCACUAUAUGUUUGUAGAUGCCAGAAAGUGUUUACUAAACGAAACAAUGCAGAAUCAAAAGAAAGCCCAAAGCCUGUUUUCAAAAAGUGGAGUUCUGAGACAGAUCAAGGAACGGAUGGUGAAAUAAAUUCAUGUAAAGACUCAACUGGAAUUCAGACAGAAUUACUAACAUGUGAAGAAGGUGAUCAAGAAGAGGUGUGUAGGGUUGAAGAUGAAACCGAGGGUGGGAAAUCAGCUUCAGCAGUAAACAUGACACAAAAUGUAGAUGUAACCGAUAAUUCCACUUUGCCCACGGGAGAGAAAUCUGAACUGCCUCAGAAUCUUGAUGAAAGUGUUGAAGAAAUUGCUACACAGGUGAAAGCUAACUGCAUACAUAUGAACUUUACAAUAAAAAACAGACAGUGUCCAAGAAGCCGGACCCAGAUUCUAAUAACAAACAAAAAAACUCUAACAAAAAGUCGUAGUUACCACGACAGGCAGCAUCAACAAAGUCAGCAAAGUGGGGAUUGUAGGUGGGAUUUUGCUGGCUAUAGACCUGGCAAGGAUAAAAUCCGUUCAAUGACUAAAAAGAAGAGGUCUGAAAGACCACUGGUCAAAUUGGAGAUUAUAGGAGAAGGAAUUGAAGUAAAAUGUAAAACCAUUAACAAUAAUUUGAUAUUUCACAUAGAAGCUGGUAAAGUUCACAAUCAGAAAGAUGAUUUUCAAGUCGACUGUGCACAAAAUACAACUGACUAUGUAUCUCGAGAAGGAUCAUGCAACUCUUACCCUGUAUCUGACUUUAGUGUGCAUGAAAGGAACAAACAAUUUGCAAGAUCUGUAUCUCCAGAGUGGUAUUUAGAUGUACCUCCCCCUGAAGAGUUUGCAGAUGAAAAAGAAAAAUGUAUCGAUCCAACUCCAGUUGAUGAGGCCUUACUUUUUGAAGAUUCUGUGAAAGAGUCAUAUUCAUUGCCAUCUAUAUCACCUUGUUGGUGGGAGUUAGAGAAUCACGAUCAAGCAAAUGAUGAAUAUUGCAUACCUGAAACUACAGCUGAAGUUGAUGAGGGCCUUUGUUUACAGUAUAUGAAAAAAUGUGCCGAAUGUUCUCAGAGAACAAGUCAGUCAGAUAAAGCCAAGAUAAAUACAUUUCCAUUUAUUUCCAAACAAGAACUAAAGCUAGGUGCAUCUAGAUUCUGCCACAAGAGCAAAAGUGAUUGUUGUUUUGAUGCCAAAGUCCUACGAAGAAGAACUGUGCCAGAAAUGUUCUAUGAUCCAUAUAGAGCCUACAAUCAUUUUAGAGAAUCUUUUUUUGACACAGAAGACCAUCCAUUUAUGUCUACAGUAUGCCCAGAGUUAUUUGGUCCUUCAAAUGCUAACUUGGACAGGAGGCAUAGAUAUUUUCCUACAGUUGAACUGGAAAGAUCAUUAAGCUCUUCACCAUUUUCAAGCACUGUUGGAAUUCCAAAUGACCACCUGUUUUCUAAAUCAGAUUAUAUGAAAACUGGUUUACAAUCUGUAGAAACUGAUACUUUUAUUGAUGAUGUUCCUUCUACAGAAAAUCACCCUGAUGGUAAUAUACUUACUGAGGACAUAAAAUCAGAUACAUGCUCUCCAUAUCCCCUAUAUUUAGACACUGUUGAUAAAACAGUUGACGAGGAUGAGGACUUUGAGGAUUUAAUGCAACAUACUUUCGAACAGAUUGAUUUUGCAGAGAGUGGCUUUGAUGAAGAAAUUCUGGAUAGUGACAAUCAUACAGACUAUCCUGAAUCACUAAAUAAAGGGUUUUUGAUUCAAGUUACACCACCAUCUCGAAGUACUUCGAAGGAACAUGUUUUUGAGAAAAGUAACCAUAACGAAACACCUUCUGAGCCUUUACAUAACAUAGAACUCAAAAAAGACGUAUGUCAAUCAGGUUCCACAGACUCUGAUAUACCCACCAGAAAACGAAAAGGCUCAGUUGUUACAGUUGUAACAGGUGACCUUGAGCAAAGGCUAUUAAUUCAAGGUGAUAGUCAAGCUCUUAGUGAAGCUAUUGCUUCUAGAGCACAAAGAGAGCUCCUAAAAGAUUCUAAGCAAUCCUGCAUUAUACUUCGAGACUCUGUGCUUACACCAGUACCAGAUGUAGAAGAACAAGAGCUAGAUUUAAAACUGAACAGUUCUUUUGAAGAUCAGAACCCAUACACAUUCAAGCAUAUUUCUUCCCAAACAUCUGAAACAUUUGAUCCAUUUUUAUCAAUAGAAAAGCAAUGUAAUGAGGCAGAUGUUGCAAGUAUAAGAGCAAAUGAAGGCAUAUGUUCUGAACGGGAAGAAAGCAAUGACAUGUCUGACAAUUUUCAACAAGAUACAUCUCCACGAAAUAGCUCUGACAGUGCAAUGCCAGGAACUUCUUUUGAAUCAAUGACAUACCAGAAUUCACGUUUGGUCAAAUCAGAUUCUGAAGAAUAUAGUCGAAAGAAUUCGGAGUCUAAAGAUAUAGCCCAAGAAAAACCAGGAAGUCCUAGGAAGAAGACUUGUAAGACAGAUAAAAGAUCAGAAAUAGCCAGCAAACAUUUAAAACUGCCCAUGGAUACAGUUCUGAAAGAAACAAGAGACAGUGGGAGUAUGCAGGAGGAAACGUCAGAUCGCUGGGCAAAGAAAAGAAAGCAAUUUAAAGAAACCAAAAAUUACAAUUCUGCUGGAGGUAGCUCAUUGACUAGUAUUCUCACUGAGGAAUCCGGAAACUCUGAAGAAUCUCGUUCUGCAGAGACUGGAGUUCGAGCUGAAAACAAGGAUAAAGGUUUAUAUACCGAGAGCUUUCACUCGGCUGCGUGGAUUUUCAGAGGUGAUGACGCUGGUUCGGAAAAUAGUCCAAGAUGUCUCAGUAAAAGGUCUAGAUCAGUUGCAAUUCGUGAACGGACAGUGAGAAUUACAAAGGGUACAGGAGACUACCCUUGGGGCUUCCGUAUCCAGUUUUCGAAACCUAUUCUUGUUACUGAAGUGGAUACAAAUGGACCUGCUGAAGAAGCCGGCCUUCAGGUUGGAGAUAUAGUAAUGGCUGUUAAUGGAACGGAUGUCACUAGCAUCCCCCACUCGGAAGCAGCGACUCUCGCAAGACAAGAGAAAAGUUGCAGUUACAGAACAGUAAUGGCUGUGGUUACAAAACGUGUUUCCCCCUUGUAUGGUCCAAAAAUAGGAAACAUACAUCAGUUCUUUACAUUCGACAUUAAUCAUGGUCCGGAUCUGUUAACACUGGUCGUUGGAACAGAUAUCAGCCGGAUUCCCAACACCCCCAGACCAACUUGUCGUGGAUACCUUCAUAAGCGUACCCAUUCAGGAUUAUUCAAAGGAUGGAGAAAGAGGUGGUUCGUCCUGAAACAUGAUGGUACUCUACAAUACUAUAAGCAUAAAAACGAUGAAGGCAAAAGCCGGCCACUUGAAAUUACAAACUUAGAAGGUUCUGAGAUUGGUGUUGACACUACUUUGGGGAAGCCCUUUGUGUUUAGAUGUGCUCCUCUGUCUGCAAACCGCAUUUACUACUUUUGUGCAACAUCUAACCAAGAGAUGAAAAGAUGGCUGGAUGCAAUGGAUAAAGCCAUACAUCCUCUCAGCCAGAACCAUGUAUGGGUCGAUGUCACCAUGCACAACUUCAGCCUUCCUCCUCUUGCUAUUAAAAAUCCUGAAUGCUUGGGACUUCUUCAUCAACUGGACAAGAACAAAGAUGUUUGGGUUCAACAUUACUGUAUCCUGAAGGAUGGAUGUCUAUAUUUUUAUUCUAGUAUUCGCUCAACCAAUGCUCUAGGUGGCAUUUACCUCCAAGGGUAUACCGUAUUUGAACAAUCUGUGAACUCAAAACGAUGUAUCAUAGAGCUCCGGCCUCCAUCUGAAGAAUUUAAAACCUUUUACCUGAGCGCAGGAAAUGCAGCGGAAAAUAAGCGCUGGAUAACAUCAUUGAAGAUCUCAAUAAACAAAUGGCUACCCCUUCAUCAAGCAAUCCAGGAUUUCAUGAGUCGACCGCUGGAGGAAACCAGAAUGUAAUUAAGAUGCCGAAAUUGGAGAUUUCUGAUAAAGAUGAAGAGGAAUAAUUUAACACAAAAUGUAAAAAAAACAAAACAAAAACAAGUUAAAAUAUCAAAUAAAAAUAUAAAACAAUUUGAGUGCCAGAAUUUGAGCUAGUUUGGAUGUUUGUACAAUAAGUUGUAAACAUACAUGGUACUCCAUGAGUUGUAUAAACUAAACUGUGAUUUUUUGAUGGUGACAUCAAAGUUGAAAAAUUAAGUCCAAAGCAACAGAUUUGUUGAAAAAAAACAAAAAACAGAAAAAUAAAUACAAUGAAUUUUCGUCAAAAUUAUUUUUUUUCCCGUAACACUGUGUUUGUUGUUUUUAAAUGUAUCACUUUCCGACUUGCCUAUGUUCACCAUGUCCCACUGUUUAGUGAAUAAAUCAGGUUGCAUUAAGAUUAUGCAGAACAUAGAUGCAAAGCGUGUACAUAUCCUAAAUACGCAACAUUUUGUUAAGUGUCCUUUGGCUAAAACCAAAGUAUAGGAUUGUUAUGCUCUCACUUACUGUUGAAACAUUUGUAUAUAUUUCAUGAAUGCAUUGUGCGUUAUUGAGAAUCAAGUACUAAGUACUAAUGGAACAUUUCAUGUAAUGUAAUACGGACAAUAAAACAAAAAUAAAAAAUUGGAAAUUGAA